CAGCCCUCCCGCCCGGGCCCCGUGGGGCAGCGCAGGCAACGGCGGGGGCAGCCCAAGCCGGGGCGGCCGGGGGCUUCGGCGGCAGCGGCGGCGCAUGCGCGCUGCGGGCCCGGGCGGCCCGUGAGGCGGCGGUAAGAUGGCGGCGGCGGCGGAGCGCGGGGGCAGCCCCUCACUGUCGGCGGGGGAGGAGGAGCCGCCGCUGGGGCUCGACUCGCUGGUGGAGGAGGCGGCGGCGGCGGCGAGCGCCGGGUUCCGGCUGACGGCCGUGCGGCGGGAGCCGGCGGUGCGGUUGCAGCACGGUGUCAGCGGGCUGGAGCCGCUGGCCUGGUCGGAGGAUCACCGGGUGUCGGUGAGCACGGCCCGCAGCAUCGCCGUGCUGGAGCAGCUCAGCGACGUCCACAGCGGCGGGCAGGAGAUGGUGAUCCACCGCACGGCCGUGCCCGCGCCCUCCGCCGCCUGUCUCCUCAAGGUUGGUCCAAAAAAAGAGGUAGCAGAAUGUAAGGAAAAAUUCGCAAGUUCAGUGGAUCCAACGGUUAGCCAAACUUUCAUGCUAGAUCGAGUAUUCAAUCCCGAGGGAAAGUCCUUGCCACCAAUGCGAGGAUUCAAGUAUUCCAGCUGGUCACCACUGGGCUGUGACGCCAAUGGAAGGUGCCUCCUCGCAGCUUUAACCAUGGACAAUCGGUUGACCAUCCACGCAAACCUCAACAGACUACAGUGGGUGCAGCUGGUGGACCUGACAGAAAUCUAUGGGGAGCGUUUGUACGAAGCCAGUUACAAACUUUCUAAGGCUGACGCUCCCAGGGGAGAACUAGGAGACUUCUCGGAAUUUCAGCGGCGGCACAGCAUGCAGACGCCAGUGCGCAUGGAGUGGUCGGGCAUCUGCACCACUCAGCAGGUUAAACACAAUAACGAAUGCCGGGAUGUCGGUAGCGUGCUCUUAGCAGUACUCUUUGAAAACAGUAACAUUGCAGUUUGGCAAUUUCAGCUUCCAUUUCUGGGUAAGGAAUCAAUUACUUCUUGCAAUACCAUAGAGUCUGGAAUAAAUUCCCCAAGCGUGUUGUCUUGGUGGGAAUAUGAACAUAACAACCGAAAGAUGAGUGGACUUAUUGUAGGGAGUGCUUUUGGACCGGUUAAGAUCCUUCCUGUCAAUCUAAAAGCAGUCAAAGGCUACUUUACGCUGAGACAACCCGUAGUCUUAUGGCAAGAAAUGGACCAGUUACCAGUGCAUAGUAUCAAAUGCAUUCCUCUUUACCACCCCUACCAGAAAUGUAGCUGUAGCUUAGUGGUGGCCGCAAGAGGAGCUUAUGUGUUUUGGUGUCUCCUGUUGAUAUCCAAAGCAGGUCUGAACGUCCAUAAUUCCCACGUGACAGGGCUUCAUUCUUUGCCAAUCGUAUCUAUGACUGCAGACAAACAGAACGGCACGGUGUAUACGUGCUCCAGCGAUGGAAAGGUAAGGCAGCUGAUUCCUAUAUUCACAGACGUUGCCUUAAAGUUUGAGCACCAGCUGAUUAAGCUCUCGGAAGUGUUUGGCUCUGUCAGGACUCACGGAAUAGCUGUUAGCCCGUGCGGCGCGUACUUAGCAGUUAUUACGACAGAGGGCAUGACUAACGGUCUGCACCCGGUUAACAAAAACUACCAAGUUCAAUUUGUAACCCUUAAGACUUUUGAGGAGGCAGCUGCACAGCUCUUGGAAUCCUCUGUUCAGAACCUUUUCCGGCAAGUGGACUUGACAGACCUUGUACGCUGGAAAAUUUUGAAGGAUAAGCAUAUUCCUCAAUUCUUACAGGAAGCACUGGAUAAAAAGAUUGAGAGCUGUGGUUCUACUUACUUCUGGCGGUUUAAGCUAUUUCUCCUGAGGAUUUUGUACCAGUCAAUGCAGAAAGCUCCCUCAGAGGUCAUGUGGAGACCUUCACACGAGGAUGCAAAAAUCUUGAUAUCGGAUUCCCCUGGGAUGGGCAGCACUGAAGAUGAUCAAGAGGAAGGAACUUCUAAACAAGCCAGCAAGCAGGGCCUACGUGACACAGGCAAAGGUAUGGACAUAGAUGACACUGCAGAGGAUUCACUUCCUCAGUCAAGUGACAUAGGAGGCCGCGAGCCAAUGGAAGAAAAGCUUCUUGAAGUACAGGCACAAAUUGAGGCAGUAGAAAUGCACUUGACACGAGAACACAUGAAACGGGUGUUGGGAGAAGUUUAUCUACACACAUGGAUUACAGAAAACACCAGUAUUCCCACCAGAGGAGUCUGUGACUUCUUAAUGUCCGAUGAUGGCUAUGAUGACAGAACAGCACGAGUGCUGAUUGGGCAUAUCUUAAAGAAAAUGAACAAACAGACUUUUCCAGAGCACUGCAGCUUGUGUAAAGAGAUCCUGCCAUUCACUGAUCGCAAACAGGCAGUCUGCUCCAACGGACAUAUUUGGCUCAGGUGCUUUCUAACCUACCAGUCCUGUCAGAGUUUGGUGUACAGGAGGUGUUUGCUUCAUGACAGCAUUGCACGGCAUCCAACCCCAGAAGAUCCCGAGUGGAUCAAGAGGUUAUUGCAAGGACCUUGCACGUUCUGCGAUUCUCCUGUGUUUUAGAGAAAAGCUAUGUAAAGAUUGAAAGUAUUUUCUCUAUUGCAUAAGCUCCCUUCAGUCUCGAAGGAUACAGAGCAGAGGAGUACAGGCUUUACUGGAGGGGGAAGACGUUGUCCGCAGCCCUGUAAAUAGAACAUCGGAGGUUCUAGAAACUCCUUAAGUCCAGAGCCCAUUCCAUGCUCCAGAAACAGGAGUACAUCUGGAAAAGCGAGUUUAUAAAGCGGUUUGGAAAUGCACCCCAUUGAAGCAGCAGCAGCUGGACACGCUUCCUUUUACUGGAAGGGAACUAAAGUCUUAAGCACGCAGUGUGGACUGUCCUUUCUGCCCGACAGCCGUGCGAUUCCCCAAAAGCUAGGACGGGAACAGCGGAGCUGCCUUUGAAUGGUCUUGGUGGGUAGAGAAGGCUUCAGCUUGUAGUGCUCUCUCUUGCUUUUUAACAAGCACCGGCACUUGGUGCAGAAUAUUAAAUUAUCCAAAUAAUUUGUGGUUCUAAUUUCUUGCAGAGUGAAGCAUAUGCCAGUUACAGCCAUAUGAAAGAAAUUGGCCAUUAUAUUAAUUUCACUUAAAUCUAGAAGAAUAACUGCCUCUUAGCUGUUGUAACAGUAUUGCAGUCAGAAGGGUAAUAUUGGCUGCCUGGUCAAAUACGGAUCAGUAAGAAUAAUUUUAAAAUGUAAUCAUUAUUAAACUAAUAGCAAUUAGAUUAAGCACUAAUAUAUAUAUAAUUUCCAAUGCUCUUAAGUCUCUUGCCCCACUUUCUUUUUCUGAACUAAGUUCUAAUCAGUUCCUAGCUUUUGCCAAUGCGUAUGCCUUUUGUUUCACUUAACCUUCUACCAACAGGAAUCAUGUUUUCCAGUGUAACUCAGUUACCAAAAACAUUACCCGUUUACCUUAUUUUCAAUUGAAUUGUAUGGCAAGCUUCUGUAAAACUCAAUUACUGUAUGAAGGAGACUCUCAAGUAAUCACUCCCAGCUGACAUUUUCUUUUUUCGUAAUAAUGCAGUAAAAAAACCCAAACAGAACACCACAAGGCCCACCAUGGCAAACAUGUCAUAGGUAAAGUUUCCACAGGUGGUCAUGGAGUCUGGUGAAACCAUUCUUGUAUAAUCCUGACUUUCUCAUCAAGAGAUUCCUAAAUACGCCAAUGAUGUAGCAUGGCUGAGCCCAGAAAUUUAUUCUGCCUUUUAACUGUCCUAUCAGAAAAAAACACCUUUCUUUCUUUGGCAUCCAGUUCCUAUGGGGAGCAGGAGAAUCCUUUUCAACUUCCUAUGCAGUGUUAGAGGAAUAUUACCUCCAAAAUGUGUAUAGUUAUUUGGUACAGUUUGUCUUGUUAACUUAAAUCAUGUCGUCAAUUCAAAGUUUCUGUAUUUACAUUCUUCAGAGAACCAAUCUGGACACUGGGAUGUGUUGCCCUGUUCGUGAUUCAUGACACUUCUAAUUGUGUGUGAAGUCCUCUUUAGCUAUUUGAGAAAUCAAGGAAUUGUCCUGACGGUAUCAGUCUCCAAUGAUGCAUGUGUGGAUUGGUGCUUAAGUUUCCUUGAUUCAAUGACUAUGCAUAUUUUCUUAACGUUCCUUCACCUUUAAUAGGAGCAAUUUUUUUCAGCUAACAUUAAAACGAGUCAGCUGUCCUUACUAUUCGGUGUUUCAUGCAUUAAGCAUGAUAGUGCUUGGAGAAUAAUAUUAAUAUAGUAGACUAGAAUGGCAGAAGCACAUUCAUCUGUAAAAUAAUUAGCCUUGUUUGUAAAUAUCCUUGGAAGUGAUACCAUAAUUGUAUUAAAGAAAUGUUUAGUUUUUUAUUGCUGUUCAUUGAAAAAUCGAAAUUGCUUUAGUGUGUCUGCAAAGAAUGAAAAUGUAGAUUGUGAUAGCAUCUAGUAAAACAAAGAGUAACCUCGACACCUAACGUGUGCAUAGUUUGGGGCCAGGUUCUGUACCUGGGGCAGCAUUUAUCUUCUCCUUCCCAUGGGGAUGAGGUUUGGGAGGGACAGAACAUCCAUUUCCAAUAUAAGCGGAACAGAAGGUUUAUUCAUGGUGGCAGAGAAAACGUUUCAAGUGGAAGCUGCACGUCCAUGUCCAGGCAGCCCUGACCAGUUCAUCAGUAAGUAUUCGAUUCAGAAAUUCACCUGACUAUGGAAGAGGUGAGAGCUCUCCGGACCCACGUGUAAGUGCUUUUCAAAAAAAGUCAGAGAACAUUUCUUUGAUACUGGCUUAGAAACCAUAGUAAUAUCCUGAUCUGCUGAAACGUUUAAGUCUGGCUGACCGAAGGGUUCAGCGUGAUACCAUUACGUUAACUCCUGCUGAUUACGUCUAGCCGUUACCUUGAAUUUCCCUGGAUUGAGUUGUAAUGCUUUAGCCACAUAGAAGCUGUAGUACACCUAGCAUUAAUGUUUAUUUUCCUUGUCUUUCAAGGCAGUAGAUACUCAGUAUACCAUUGCCAGUUUAUUUAACCUGAUUUAUGACUGCUGGGAGAAUGGAAUUUUAAAGCCAAUGAUGUCGGCUUUGUCUGCAUGCCAGUGGAGAUCCUUUAGCACAAAGCUUUCACUUCUCACCCUGACCCAUUCACAACAGGUAAAGAGGUAUUGUGAUUUACUUUCUUUUUUUAAGAAAAAACAACAUUACUGGUUCCUAAGUGUAUUUUUAACUAGCGUAGGCUUGUGUAGCACUGCACACCUCAGACCAGUAACGUUUAACCUCUGAUGCUGAUCUUACUGGAUUUUUCUGCCCAGCUAACAGCCGAGACUUCCUUCAAGAAACCUUCUAUCUGUCUUGGACUCAUGACUCGCAGUUUGGGAACGUGGAGGUUAGUCCCACCCCUGUUGGGGUACUGUAACAACCUGCAGGGCUGCAGCAGCGCCUCGAUGCCUCCUCCCUCACGUUGUCCUAAUCAAACCCCUUGCUUUCGGCCCACACAGGGAGGGCGAGCGGGUGCGGAAGGUACGAGCACCUGCUGCCAGAUGCUCAUGCCGUUCUGCCGUUAACAGAGCUGCCUUCUCGAACUAAUACGUAGUCGAGCUAUCCAAUAUUAAGGCCCAGUCUGUUUUGAGAAACGAAGUAUUCAAGGAACAAAUCCCACAAAAUCAGUUUUUUCUCACUAAGCUUUUGCCCUGAGUUUUGUGAGAUGUCUCAAACAAGUGAAUAGUUAAAGGCACUCGUCAACCGCUUCGCCAUUUGGUGGUAAACACUGUGGCUGUUGAUGGUGCCUCGUCUCCAGAGGAAGACUAACACCCCAGCAGAGAGACUAAGCGGUUCUUCAUGCACUGCUUUUCUUUUUUUUUUUUUUUUAAAGGGUUGUGGUAUUUGCUGUUGCAUCUGAGAAUUAAUAGCCAGAGAUGCUCUGUUCUGUGUCAGAAGCCAAUCUGUCACUGUCCCUGACAAGUGGCUUCUGAUAGUAUUUAAGAUUUGCUGCUCAUGACGGGGACAGGAGUUUAUCCCUCCUCCACUGGGACGAAGAAAUCCAGGCUAAUCCAGGUUCGAUGGAUAAGCAGAACAGCUCUGGACUGGGCAGCUGCUUAGUGCCUUGGUGCUAGAUGCCGUUGUUGGAACCAAGGUGAAAGUCUGGGGUCAUGAGGACUCUGUCCUGGGUCUCCACACUACACUCCUGCUCUGGAACUGGUGACAGUGGAACUCAUUGCGGCCUUUUACCCCGUUCAGCUGUGGCUUGGGGACUUCAUCAUUCAAUCGUCCUUUCCUUUUGUAUGUUCCCCCAUCCCGUUAAUCCUAUUGUAUAUUUCUAGAGAGGAAAUACUAUGGUUGCUAAUGCAGACAUACAGGCAAUAAAUAUUUCCCUGAUUUUCUUAAAACUUACCAGGUUUUCUACUGGCUAGUGUAUCACCAGUGAUUAUGGGCAGCAUAACACCGUUUAUUCUAUCCUCAUCAAGGGUUCCUCGAUGUAAAAGAAACGAAUGCAAACAUUUAGAGUCUAAGCUAAAGGCUGACAAAUCACACUUGUCCUGUUACACCCUAAACUAACAUUUACAGGAGACUUGUUUGUAAAGCUUAGUUUCUCAAAGCCAGAGCCCUUCCUUUAUGAGUUGCCCAGUCUGUGAAGCAGUGGCCAGCCCUGCAGGCACAACUGCAGGUGGCUCAGUUGCCACCUACAGCUCCGGCAUCAGAGAGAGGAGGAAGAGAGCCCAUCCCCGCUCCUCAGAGCCUCACCGCGGAGCAGCUCGGGGUUAAUCACUGAAGCUAUUGCUCUUUUGACAACACCUGACCUUUGUGGGCGAGACAGAGGUGCAAGGCCAGUUAGAUGGGGCUGUCGAGAGAGUAUCUUCAAGGGGGCAGGACGGGGGCUGCAGGAAGAAAAAGGUACCUCUUCAUUCUCUCUACUCUGCCUUCCUGCGCGAGUGGAGCUGGGGAUGGCAGCAAGAGACCACCAUGUGCCCGCUUGCUGCUGGCAGGCAUCAUCAAGUGCUUGUUGGCAUUUUACAACCUAGUUCAUGCUGGUUAUUGAAUCCUUUCUGGCAGUCACCUUCUAAGGGUGUAGUUAGUAGCAGUCCAAUACUUAACAAUGUAAUAAACUUCAGAAUCUGUUACUGCAGAGCACUAGUUCAUGUUUUUACAGCUGGAUGUAAGGGCAAUAGCAGUCUUAGCCUCAAAGCGUUGGUCGUCAUGGCAAAAGUUGGAUUUACAGUAAGCGUCUAAAUUAACUGGAAGAAGGUGUUUAUGGGCUCUCAGUACAUAAAGGCAAAAUGCUCAAAGCAGUUACCAGUACUACGUCUGUCCUCAUCCCCCUCUUGUACUCCCUUUUGAAGCUUUCUGUAUCGGGUCUGUAAACGCACAAAUGAUGCUGGUUGUCCUCCAGGCUCACGUCGUGGGGGGCUUUACUCUUUAACCAGAACUGGUGCAAAUGCCUGUGUGGAGACGGCUGAUAGCUUACAGCUCUGCUGGCAAAUACCAGGUUGGAAAACUGCUUUUUUUCCCCUCCGUGUGGGUAAACAAGGACAACUUGAGCCUGGCCCUUCAUCUGGUGUCCUGUCCUGCCUGUCGAAGGAGGGGGAAUCUGAACACAAUGGAGCUGAGCCUUCUCUUGGAAGUCUCGAUGCGGGAUAGCUUUUCACAACGUGCAGAGGGUAGGAAGCGUGCACAGCGAUGCCCACAGAGCUUUAGUUUUCAUUUCCAACCGAGAAGGGCCUCGUAUACAUACUCUCACUGAAAUGUCUGUCUGUGCUCAUCUUUGGCUGUACUCGGUUCUCACUCCUGCUUUACACUGGAGAUGUUCCCAGACCCUUCACGUCAGUGGGAAUGUUCUUAUUCCAUCACUAUUUUUUAACGUGAACUCAGUUGUUAGUACUUUUCCCCCUGAAGACCUGGAACUCCUGCUGCUCUGUCCUGACGCGGGCGGUGACCUCAGGAGUGUCACAGCUGCCUGUGGAUAUUGGUUUCGUUGUUGCAAUGCAGUGGGUACACAGGGCGCUAAUUAUCAUUAAUUAUACUACAGUCAGGGGCAGAAAGUGGAGUGGUUCCCUGUGCUGUCCUAGGCUGUAGCUGAAUGAACCCAAAUGUGAAUGUUGGGAGCCCCUUCAUCACAGGAGGACUCGUGCACUGCUGAGAGCCUACAGCAGGCGGCACAGGGCAGUGCCAGCCCCGCGCCAUUCUUAUUUAACACAAAACUAGGAGGCUGGCCCCAAAAAGGGAAAACCCAAGAGCCAUCCAAAUGGAACUGUUCGGAGGAGAGUUUAAUUGCUCGCUAAUCUAGUCGAUCUCGUCGUGCUGCUUUAAUUCCGUUCUGGGGUGUGAGUGUUGUAGCUGUCCGACCGCACGGUCACCAGGCUGAAUGAACAGCAAAGUUGAGUUUUAAUCUUCAGUUUGGGGAUUUUUUCCUUUGAGACUUAGUUCAUGGGAGGGUCUGACAAAGUUGCUGUGAAUACUGAUGCUGUGUAUAUGGCACAUUUUGUAAACGUGAAGCAAACCUGGAUGAAUGCUUUCUAUACUGCGACAGUAGCAUUGUAAUCCUGCUCCUUUUUUAUUCUAAAUAAAUAAAUAAAGUACUUGUUUGUAAUGUCUGUAUUUUAAGGGACUGAAUUCCUGGGAGGGACCUGGGGUGCCAAGAGCUGAGACUGGCAAAAGACAGCAGUGUAGUUAAAGCACUCAGACCUUCAGCAAAAAACUUCACAUUUAAAAAGAAAAAAAAGCUUAAUAAUAAAAAUCUCACUGUGGCCAGUGUCAGAGAACACCGGUGGUAAAGCCUGGGAGGGGACCCGGGGUCUGAUAGUGCCCUUCAGCCACACAACCAUUCCCUUCUCGCCAGCGGAGGUUCUUUUCCCUGGCCUCCUGAACUCCUGCGCCAGAAAACAAUUACGCUAAAGAACCAACGUUCUUUGAUGAAAGGGGCCUGACAUCACCUUUUCUUUU